AUGCUGCAUAGAGCGUGUAACAUCUUUGCCAGAACGUACUACGAGCUUUGGUUAGAAGAAGAAAAUGUUGGUCAAGAAGUUAUGAUCGAGGAUCUCACACAAUCAUUCGAAGACGCGGAGUUGAAGAAAAGCGACGUGGUAGAAGAGGAAGGCAAGCCUGACCCUCUCACUCAGCUGGUUACCACAUUCUGCAGGGGAGCCAUGACGGAACGGUCUGGCGCCUUACAGGAGGAUCUCCUCUACAUGUCGUAUGCGAAUAUAAUCGCCAAAUCGUGUGGAGAAGAAGAGGAAGAAGGCGGCGGUGAGGAAGAAGAAGGUGGCGGCGAGGCCGAGGGCGAGGAAGAAGGCCGCGCCAGUAUACACGAGCAAGAAAUGGAAAAACAGAAGCUACUGUUCCACCAAGCCAGGCUAGCGGACAGAGGCGUGGCGGAGAUGGUUCUCCUACACAUCUCCGCUUCCAAAGGCGUGCCAAGUGAGAUGGUCAUGAAGACGUUGGAACUUGGCAUCUCUAUUCUGAGAGGAGGCAACAUUGACAUUCAGAUGGGCAUGUUGAACCAUCUCAAGGACAAAAAGGACGUCGGCUUCUUCACGUCCAUCGCUGGUCUCAUGAACUCCUGCUCAGUGCUCGACCUGGAUGCCUUCGAGAGGAACACCAAAGCUGAAGGCCUGGGCGUGGGACUAGAAGGAGCAGCGGGAGAGAAAAACAUGCACGAUGCAGAAUUUACGUGCGCACUGUUCCGGUUUAUACAGCUGACCUGUGAAGGACACAACUUGGAAUGGCAGAACUACCUCAGAACGCAAGCCGGCAACACCACCACGGUCAACGUGGUCAUCUGCACCGUGGACUACCUGCUAAGGCUGCAGGAGUCUAUUAUGGACUUCUACUGGCAUUAUUCUAGCAAGGAACUCAUAGACCCAGCGGGCAAAGCCAACUUUUUCAAGGCGAUAGGCGUCGCUUCUCAAGUAUUCAACACGCUCACUGAAGUCAUCCAGGGACCGUGUACCCAGAAUCAACAGGCUUUGGCACAUUCCAGAUUGUGGGACGCGGUAGGCGGUUUCCUCUUUCUCUUCUCCCACAUGCAGGACAAGCUGUCCAAGCACUCCUCACAAGUGGACCUGCUGAAGGAACUGCUUAACCUGCAGAAGGACAUGAUCACCAUGAUGCUGUCUAUGCUGGAAGGAAACGUCGUCAACGGUACCAUCGGAAAACAAAUGGUGGACACCCUAGUAGAGUCUGCUUCAAACGUGGAGCUGAUCCUGAAAUACUUCGACAUGUUCUUGAAGCUGAAAGACCUGACGUCUAGUGCCAGUUUCCAGGAGAUUGACGCCAAUAACGAUGGAUGGGUCCUGCCUAAGGACUUUAAGGAGAAGAUGGAACAGCAAAAGAGUUAUACGCCCGAAGAGAUAGAAUUCCUUCUAGCCUGCUGCGAGACCAACCACGACGGGAAGCUGGACUACAUCGGCUUCUGCGACCGCUUCCACGAGCCCGCCAAGGAGAUCGGCUUCAACCUCGCUGUGUUGUUAACAAACUUGUCUGAACACAUGCCGAAUGAACCUAGGCUAGCCCGUUUCCUAGAGACGGCUGGUUCGGUCCUAAACUACUUCGAGCCGUUCCUCGGCCGCAUCGAAAUCAUGGGCGGGUCCAAGCGCAUCGAGCGGGUCUACUUCGAAAUCAAAGAGUCCAAUAUCGAGCAGUGGGAGAAGCCGCAGAUUAAGGAAUCCAAACGCGCGUUCUUCUACAGCAUAGUAACAGAGGGCGGCGACAAAGAGAAGUUAGAAGCGUUCGUCAACUUUUGCGAGGAUGCCAUCUUUGAAAUGACGCACGCGUCAAGUCUGAUGGCCGCUUGUGAAGAAUCGGCUGGCGGACCGAAGAAUAGGGAGGCUAGUUACAUGUACAUGGGCGAUGAUGAUGAUGAAAGAGCCGGCAAAGACCCAUUCCGUCGAGGUCUUCAAUCCGUCAAAGACGGCAUCUCCACUGCAUUCUCGUCCUUAUCGCCAUCUAACAUAAAGCAGAAAAUCGCAGAUCUACAGCAGAUGCCUCCAGCGGAAUUGGCCGUGGGAUUCUUCAAAAUGUUCUUCUAUCUGUUCUAUUACUUAGGCUAUGGUGGAUUGGUUGUUGUCAGGUACAUAUUCGGCGUUCUUCUGGGUCUGAUGCGAGGUCCUCAAAUGGAGGAGCCGCCUCCGGAACCGACUGAGGAGGAGAAAAUCGGUCAGUUGAGGCACAGAUUGCUCGCACAAAGUCCUUCACGACACCUACCAGCGUUGCCGCCGGCCGAUGACACUGGACAGAUGCAAGUGCAGGCCUUCGGUUUGGAUAUCACUAAAGAGGACAAUGGCCAAAUACAAGUGAAACCGCACGAGUCUCCAAGCACAUCGUCCCCAUCAUCUGGUGAAGAAGCCGACGCGUCUUUGGACGAAGGAGCCGAGCAUACGGAAGAGCAGAGGCCUCCAUCACUGAUCGAUCUGUUGGGGUGUCCAUCACGACACCUGCCAGCGUUGCCGCCGGCCGAUGACACUGGACAGAUGCAAGUGCAGGCCUUCGGUUUGGAUAUCACUAAAGAGGACAAUGGCCAAAUACAAGUGAAACCGCACGAGUCUCCAAGCACAUCAUCCCCAUCAUCUGGUGAAGAAGCCGACGCGUCUUUAGACGAAGGAGCCGAGCACACGGAAGAGCAGAGGCCUCCAUCACUGAUCGAUCUGUUGGGAAUUUGGUGGGAUAUUAAUUUUAAUUUUGUGAAUAAUCCAGGUCCAUCACGACACCUGCCAGCGUUGCCGCCGGCCGAUGACACUGGACAGAUGCAAGUGCAGGCCUUCGGUUUGGAUAUCACUAAAGAGGACAAUGGCCAAAUACAAGUGAAACCGCACGAGUCUCCAAGCACAUCAUCCCCAUCAUCUGGUGAAGAAGCCGACGCGUCUUUAGACGAAGGAGCCGAGCACACGGAAGAGCAGAGGCCUCCAUCACUGAUCGAUCUGUUGGGAGGCGAGCAAGCGAAGAAGCAAGCACAAGAAAGAAUGGAAGCGCAAGCAGUUCAACAGGCCGCUAUGUCAGCCAUAGAAGCGGAAAGCAAGAAGGCCGUGCAAGUGCCCGCGCCGUCUGCUCUCGCGCAAGUGGACUUAUCCCAGUACACGCGGCGCGCGGUCUCUUUCUUAGCCCGAAACUUCUACAACCUGAAGUAUGUGGCGCUGGUGUUGGCUUUCUGCAUCAACUUCGUGUUGCUGUUCUAUAAGGUGUCAGCUUUGGACUCUGAGGAAGGCGAAGGAUCUGGACUUGGCGACAUCAUCGGAGGUUCUGGCUCUGGGCAAGGCUCGGGCAGUGGAGAUGGAGGCAGCGGCGAAUCGGGCGAGGACGAAGAUGCAUUGGAAGUGGUGCACAUAGACGAGGACUUCUUCUACAUGGUGCACGUCAUCAAUAUGGCCGCCGUGCUGCACUCUAUCGUGUCUCUGGCCAUACUUAUCGGGUACUACCAUCUUAAGGUGCCUCUAGCCAUCUUCAAACGUGAAAAGGAGAUCGCUCGUAAACUAGAGUUCGACGGCCUCUACAUCGCGGAACAACCGGAAGACGAUGACCUGAAAAGCCACUGGGACAGGCUCGUCAUAUCUGCCAAAUCCUUCCCCGUGAACUACUGGGACAAAUUCGUGAAGAAGAAAGUUCGCGCCAAGUACUCGGAAACUUACGACUUUGAUUCCAUCUCCAACAUGCUUGGCAUGGAGAAGACAUCUUUCUCCGCCCAGGAGGAAGAAGGCAGCAAGGGAUUGAUCCACUACAUAAUGAACAUCGACUGGCGCUACCAAGUGUGGAAAGCCGGCGUGACAAUCACCGACAAUUCGUUCCUGUAUUCUCUAUGGUACUUCUCUUUCUCCGUGAUGGGCAACUUCAACAACUUCUUCUUUGCUGCGCAUCUGUUAGACGUGGCGGUAGGGUUUAAGACCCUGAGGACCAUCUUGCAGUCUGUCACGCAUAACGGGAAACAGCUGGUACUGACGGUGAUGCUGCUGACGAUCAUAGUAUACAUCUACACGGUGAUCGCCUUCAACUUCUUCCGCAAGUUCUACGUUCAAGAGGAAGAUGACGAGGUCAACAAGAACUGCCAUGACAUGCUCACGUGCUUCGUGUUCAACUUAUACAAAGGCGUGCGCGCCGGCGGCGGCAUCGGCGACGAGCUCGAGCCGCCGGACGGAGACGACUCGGAAGUCUACCGCAUCAUCUUUGACAUAUCCUUCUUCUUCUUCAUCAUCGUCAUCCUGCUGGCCAUCUUGCAGGGUUUGAUCAUCGACGCGUUCGGAGAACUCCGUGAUCAGCUGGAGUCCGUCAAGGAGGACAUGGAGUCCAACUGCUUCAUAUGUGGCAUCAAUAAAGACUACUUUGAUAAAGUUCCACACGGGUUCGACACGCACGUGCAACGAGAGCAUAAUUUAGCGAAUUACAUGUUCUUCCUCAUGCAUCUCAUCAACAAACCAGACACGGAGUAUACAGGUCAAGAAACGUACGUGUGGAAUAUGUACACGCAACGAUGCUGGGACUUCUUCCCCGUGGGAGACUGUUUCAGGAAGCAGUAUGAAGACGUCAUGGGAGAAUAAUUCAACAGUAUAUCAUGAGUAAAAUAUACACCCGACUGUGUAUAAUAUACAGCGCGUGCAAAAAUACAUAUGACAUACAUACAGUAUGUAUACAGUGUGUAAAAUAUACACACGAUUUACAUACAGUAUGUAUACAGCGCGUGUAACUUAAAAACUUGUGACUUAUAACAAUUCAAAACUUUGAAAUUAUCAAAUCAAAUUGCUAAAAAUAUAGUCGGGGUAAUAAUUGUCGCUGAAAAAAAUUUUGCUCAAAUAUAACACCAAAUUGUGAAUGUAAAAAUGUGUAUGUUACUUUGAUUGGAAUUUGAAAAGCGACUUGAAUUUAAUGACAAAUGUACGAGUAUAGUAUGAGUAAUACAAACUCUAUCAUAAUAUAUUAUGUAUGUUCUUUGUAUAUUAAUUGAAACUCAUGCCAACGUAAAGAACAAAAUUAACGCAUAACAUAUCCGUUACCACACUUAAAAUAAUCGCAAAGCAAUAAAAAUAAAA